CUCCAUCGCAUGUGCAGCGGCUUGUGGCGGCGCUCCCUCCCUCGCAUGUGAACCGCGCCGCCGCCUAGCCUCCGUCCGCUCGCCCGCCUCCCCGCCGUGGCCGCCCGCCCGUUUCCACUCCCCGUCUCCCCACGGCCGGCGGCCCGUCUCAUCGCCUGCCUCCCCGCCCGUCUCCAGUCCCUUCCUCCCCGUGGCCGGCGGCCCGCCUCCAGUCCUCGCCUGCCUCCCCGCCGCCCUGGGCGCCUUUGCCUGCCAACGCGGCUGCGCCUGGCCGGUGGUCGCUGCCCCGCCUGCCUGACCGACCGUCUCCUGCACGCUGCACGGCAGCCAGGCACCCCAAGCAGCCUCUGCGAGUCUCCGUGAGACGGGGACGCAGAUUCUGAGGUUCUUCAACCUUCUUCUGGUGGUCUGCGGGAGGAGAGAAGGAUGGGCAGCACGGAGAAGUUCAGGUUCUGCAUUGACAGGGGUGGCACCUUCACCGACAUCUACGCCGAGGUGCCCGGGAGGAAGGAGGGCCACGUGAUGAAGCUUCUAUCCGUCGACCCAUCCAACUACGACGAUGCCCCGAUUGAAGGGAUCAGGAGGAUCCUAGAGGAGUUCUCCGGUGAGAAGAUCCCGCGGUCGUCCAAGAUUCCCACCGGCAAGAUUGACUGGAUUCGGAUGGGCACCACGGUGGCAACGAAUGCGCUUCUUGAGAGGAAGGGUGAAAGGAUCGCGCUUUGUGUGACGCGCGGGUUCAGGGAUUUGCUUCAGAUUGGUAACCAGGCUCGGCCGAAUAUAUUCGAUCUCAAGGUGUCGAAAGCGUCGAAUCUGUAUGAGGAGGUGGUUGAGGUUGAUGAGAGGGUUGAGCUUGUUGGCGAUGGUGAGAGGGAUGGCUCAUCUGCUGUUGAAGGGAUCUCGGGGGAAUUGGUUAGGGUGGCGAAGCCAGUUGAUGUCGAAGCAUUGAAGCCUUUGUUGAAAGGUUUGCUUGAGAAGGGGAUAAGAUGCUUGGCAGUGGUUUUAAUGCACUCGUACACUUAUCCUCAUCAUGAGCUUCUCAUUGAGAAAUUGGCACUGGAGAUGGGAUUCAAGCAUGUAUCGUUGUCUUCGUCAUUGACACCGAUGGUCCGUGCGGUACCUCGUGGCUUGACAGCCAGUGUGGAUGCUUAUCUCACACCAGUCAUCAAAGAGUACCUAUCAGGAUUCAUGUCCAGAUUUGAAGGGGGAGGUGACCAGGUGAAUGUGCUGUUUAUGCAGUCAGAUGGUGGUCUGGCACCAGAGAGGAGAUUCUCUGGGCACAAAGCAGUAUUGUCUGGUCCUGCAGGUGGUGUGGUUGGCUACUCACAGACCUUGUUUCAACUUGAGACAUCCAAACCACUGAUUGGGUUUGACAUGGGUGGUACAUCUACAGAUGUGAGCCGCUACGAUGGAAGCUAUGAACAAGUUCUGGAGACCCAAAUUGCUGGGGCAAUAAUACAAGCUCCCCAGCUUGACAUAAACACAGUGGCUGCUGGUGGCGGAUCGAAACUUAAGUUUCAGUUUGGAGCUUUCAAGGUUGGACCAGAAUCUGUUGGAGCACACCCUGGUCCUGUUUGCUACAGAAAAGGUGGUGAACUGGCCAUAACUGAUGCUAAUUUGAUUCUGGGAACUGUUAUUCCUGAUUACUUUCCAUCCAUAUUUGGUCCUAAUGAAGAUUUGCCCCUUGAUUAUGAUGCUACAAGAAAGGCGUUUGAGAAUCUUGCUGUUGAGAUAAAUUCUCACCGAAAGAGUCAGGACCUAUCAGCGAAGGACAUGACAGUUGAGGAGAUUGCCCUGGGAUUUGUCAAUGUUGCAAAUGAGGCGAUGUGCCGACCUAUACGGCAGUUAACUGAAAUGAAGGGGCACGAUACUAAGAACCAUGCCCUCGCAUGCUUUGGUGGUGCUGGUCCUCAACAUGCAUGUGCUAUGGCAAGGUCCCUUGGCAUGUCUGAGUUACUUAUUCAUCGCUACUGUGGUAUACUGAGUGCAUAUGGGAUGGGCCUUGCUGAUGUUAUUGAGGACUUGCAAGAGCCAUACUCUGCUGUCUAUAAUGAUGAUUCUGCUGAAGAAGCAUCUCGAAGGGUAGAGCUUUUAGUAAAGCAAGUGAAAGAAAAGUUAAUAGAGCAGGGUUUUGGAGAGGACAGCAUCAGGACAUAUUCGUACUUGAACAUGAGGUAUGAGGGAACUGAUACAACAAUCAUGGUUAAACACCCAGAGGAAUCUGGAAGUGACUAUGCUAAUGAGUUUGUAAAACUAUUUCAACAAGAGUAUGGCUUCAAAUUGGUAAACAGAAAAAUACUCAUAUGUGAUGUGAGGGUCCAGGGUGUUGGUGCUACAAAUAUCUUGCAGCCUCAUGAACUGACACCAGUAUCAACAAAACCUGUGCAAGAAAGUUCAUGUAAAAUUUAUUUUUCAUAUGGAUGGCAAGAAACACCACUUUACAAGCUUCAGAAUUUGGGCUAUGGGCAUGUAUUGGAGGGUCCUGCAGUUAUUAUGAAUGGGAACAGUACAGUGAUUGUAGAAAAAGACUGUAAAGCUAUUAUCACCAGGUAUGGUAACAUAAAAAUUGAGAUUAGUUCUGCUCCAAACACUGUAAAAGUAUCAGAGACAGUCGCUGAUGUGGUCCAACUUUCUAUCUUCAAUCAUCGAUUCAUGGGUAUAGCUGAACAGAUGGGUCGGACACUUCAAAGAACUUCCAUUUCUACCAAUAUAAAGGAAAGAUUGGACUUCUCUUGUGCUCUGUUCAGUCCAGAUGGUGGCUUAGUUGCAAAUGCCCCUCAUGUCCCUGUGCAUUUAGGAGCUAUGUCUAGCACCGUGUGCUGGCAGCUCAAAUAUUGGGGUGAUAAUCUCCAUGAGGGUGAUGUUCUUGUAACAAACCAUCCAUGUUCAGGGGGUAGCCAUCUUCCAGACAUAACAGUUGUCACACCUGUUUUCAAUGAAGGCAAGCUUAUCUUCUUUGUUGCUAGUAGAGGUCACCAUGCAGAGAUUGGUGGUAUCACCCCAGGAAGCAUGCCUCCUUUCUCAAAAAGCAUUUGGGAGGAAGGUGCUGCCAUCAAAGCAUUUAAACUUGUUGAGAGAGGUGUUUUCCAAGAGGAAGGAAUAGUUCACUUGCUACAGUCACCAUCCUCUGAUGAACUUACAAACCAUAAGAUUCCAGGAACACGUAAGAUCCAAGAUAAUCUUUCUGACCUCCGUGCUCAGGUGGCAGCAAACCAGCGCGGAAUAACGCUAAUCAAAGAACUGAUAAGUCAGUAUGGCUUGAUCACUGUUCAAUCUUAUAUGAAUCAUGUUCAAAACAAUGCUGAAGAAGCUGUUAGAGAAAUGCUUAAGGUAGUUGCAUCGAGAGUUAGAAAGGAGAAUGGGUCUUGUGUCAUCGAAGAUGAAGAUUAUAUGGAUGAUGGAUCAGUGCUCCAUUUGAAGCUCACUCUUGAUUCUAGUAAAGGUGAAGCAACCUUUGACUUUGAGGGCACCAGUCCUGAGGUGUAUGGUAACUGGAAUGCUCCGGAAGCAGUAACAGCGGCUGCUGUGAUAUACUGCCUGCGGUGCUUGGUGGAUGUAGAUAUACCUCUAAAUCAAGGGUGCCUUGCUCCUGUGAAAAUCCUAAUUCCCAAGGGCUCUUUCCUUUCACCCAGUGAGAAGGCUGCAGUUGUUGGUGGUAAUGUGUUAACUUCUCAGAGAGUGACUGACGUUGUCCUAAUGGCAUUCCAAGCAUGUGCCUGCUCUCAGGGUUGUAUGAACAAUCUGACAUUUGGAGAUGACACUUUCGGUUACUACGAGACUAUUGGAGGUGGUUCUGGGGCUGGGGCAAGCUGGGAUGGUACAAGUGGCGUUCAGUGUCACAUGACAAACACAAGGAUGACUGACCCAGAAAUCUUUGAACAGCGAUACCCCGUUCUUUUACAUAGAUUUAGCAUCAGGGAGAAUAGUGGAGGUGCUGGUUUUCACAGAGGUGGUGAUGGCCUUGUAAGAGAGAUUGAAUUUCGCCGGCCUGUUGUUGUGAGUAUUCUUUCAGAGAGAAGGGUGCAUGCUCCCAGGGGACUGAAGGGAGGGGAAAAUGGGGAUCGCGGUGCAAACUAUCUCAUCAAGAAAGAUGGCCGCAGAAUUUACCUUGGUGGGAAGAACACUGUCAUGGUUAAUGUUGGUGAGGUUCUUCAGAUUUUCACUCCUGGUGGUGGUGGUUUUGGAUCUCCUUGAUGGCCAUUCUUGUGGAUGCUCAUCUAGCUUGGUUCUUACCGUCAUUUCUACUUCUAUAGUCCUAUGUAUAUCCACAAAUAAAACAUACAGAAGGCAAGUACCUGCACAAAUAUUGUCUGAUACAGAUUUAAACUGUUCUUGCUUCUGAAACAUUGGAGCUGAAUAAAGAAGCAUUGUUGUUGCUUGUUUA